CGGGCCAGCAGGCAGCCGACGGCAGACAUGCUGAUGGCGAGUGCAUUGGGCGAAGGCCCAGCACACAAGCACGGCCGACAAACGGAGCGCGCGCACGAGCUCAGGACGGGAGAACGACGAUGGGCAGGGCCGGGGCAUGCGGAACACGUCGACCACGAGUCCACAGGGCCAGUGCCCCGCGUGCAAACGCAGCCGACGAGCGCGCCAUGGGUGCGGACACAGCGGCGAGCAGGCGGGAGGGCGUGCGGAUGGCGCGUGAGAAGCGGGGACGAGCAAGCCCAAGCGGGCGAGGAGGAUGGCGAGGACGGCGGGUGCGGGCAGCGAGCCCAAGCCUGCGCAGGGACCACC